CACCAGUUACGGAGGAUGUAGCACAUGCAAUGGUGUUCAAAGAAUCAAUAUGGCUGGUAGUGAAUAUGAUGUUAGAUAUCAAGGCAGUAGCAGAUACAAUAGUGGCAAUAGAUAUCAAGGUGGCAGCAGAUAUGGAACUGGUGGAAACGGUAUUGAGUGGAUAAAUAUGGGUAAUAGUGAAGAAGAAAAUGAUAGUGAGGAAAGUAGUAGCAGAAAUGGAGGAGGUAGUAGAUAUGAAAGCAGUAGCAGAUACGAGAGCAAUAGCAGAUAUGAAAGCAAUAACAGGUAUGAAACUGGUGGAAACCGUAUCGAGAGAAUAAAUAUGGCUGGUAGUGAAGAAGAAAGUGGCAGUGAAGAAGAGAGUAACGGAAAUGGAGGCAGAUAUGGAGGUAGUAGUCGAUACGAUGGUAGCAGCCGAUAUGAAAACGGUGACAGAAAUGAGGAUAGUGGCAGAUACGGAGGUGGUGAUAGAUACGAAGGUGGCAGCAGAUAUGAAAGUGGCAGAAGAUUUGAAAGUGGUAGUAGAUAUGAAAGUGGUAGCAGAUAUCAGCCGGACGGAAGAAUACACUGCGUUGGAUGCACAAUCAAUAAUAACAUUGGUAAUGGACGCUACAACAGGAAUGAAGUUAACCUAGCACGAUAUAAAAAAUCUAUCCCUACUACCCCGACCCCUCCUAUUAGAAGGGUAGGGUAGCGCGAACUUAUUAUACAGUUACGUUUUAAAAAGAUUCAAAAUCGAUUUCAGUUUAUACUACUCGUAUAUUGCGGAACAAAAGAUAAGAAUUUUAAAAAUAUUUAGACAUAAGUACAAGAA